AUGAUUAAAAUUUUACCUGUCACGUUUAUUUUAACACUUUUAAGUGUAAACUGUUUAAGUUCUUCGAUUGAUUGGUGGGAAGAUGCUUCUUUCUAUCAAAUCUAUCCAAGAUCCUGGAAGGAUAGUGAUGGUGAUGGAAUUGGAGACAUUAAUGGAAUAACUGAAAAACUUGACUAUCUCAAGGAAAUUGGAAUAACUGCCACAUGGCUUUCACCCAUUUUCGAAUCACCAAUGGUCGACAAUGGAUAUGACAUUUCAAACUUCACCAGCAUUGAACCUCUUUUCGGAACAAUGGAAGAUUUCAAGGCUCUCUUGAAGAAGGCCAAAAGUAUUGGAAUUAAAGUGAUUUUGGAUUUUGUUCCAAAUCAUACAAGUGAAGAAUGUGAAUGGUUUCAAAAGUCUGUUAACAGAGAAGAUGGUUUUGAUGAUUUCUACGUUUGGGCUGAUGGUCUGGACGAUCCUGAAAAUCCUGGAAAGAAACUUCCUCCAUCAAAUUGGUUGAGCGUCUUCGAAGGAUCUAUGUGGGAAUGGAACGAAAAACGUCAACAAUUCUACUUGCAUCAAUUUUUUAAAGAACAACCCGAAUUAAACUUUAGAGAUCCAAAAACGCACACUGUCAUGUUGGAUGUUCUGAAAUUUUGGCUCGAUCUUGGCGUCGAUGGUUUUCGUAUUGAUGCUGUUCCUCAUAUGUAUGAAAAAGUGUUUGAGAAUGGAACUUACCCAAAUGAAAAACUUAGUGGUAAAUCAAAUAAUCCAAAUUCACAAUACUACCUCGAGCAUAAACACACUCAAGAACAAUACGAAACUGUGGAGCUUUUGUAUGAAUGGAGGGAAUUUUUAGAUGAAUAUAAACGAAAGAACGGAGGAGAUACAAGAGUUCUUUUAGCAGAAGCUUAUGCCAGUAUUGGAUCUAUCAAACAAUAUUUUGGGAAUGGAACACAUUAUGGAGCUCAUUUACCUUUUAACUUUAAUUUAAUCUCAGCCAGAGAAACGACAAAUGCUCGAGAAUUUGAGAUGUUUGUCAAAAAUUGGACAGAUGUUAUGUGGACGACUCACAAAAUGGCCAAUUGGGUGAAUGGAAAUCAUGACAAUCCGAGAUUAGCAACUCACGUUGGUCAGGAGAAAAAUGACCUGAUGAAUGUUCUAACUGCCGCACUUCCUGGAGCUACAGUAACAUAUUACGGUGAAGAAAUAGGAAUGGCAAACUCGGAUACCGAAUGUAUAAAUUGUUACGAAGGUGAAGAACGAAAAUUUGUCCGAACUCCAUUCCAAUGGAACGAACAAAUUUCAGCUGGAUUUUCUUCAUCACCAAAUACUUGGUUGCCAGUUGCUCACAAUUAUAAAAAAGUCAAUGUUAAACUUCAACGAGGAACUGCUAGGAGUUCUUUGAAUGUCUUUAAAAACGGCCUGAAGCUUAAACAUACUGCAGCUUAUAAGGCUUUUAAGGAUGAUGGUGGUUUUAGCUUUGGUUCACUAAAUGAUAAUGUUUUUCAAAUAAUUCGUGGAAAUUCAAAGGAAGAAUACCGAAUUUUAGCGAAUUUCGGUAAUAAAGUUGAACAUGUUGGUAAACUGCUUGAUACUUUCCACAACAGUACAAAUGUUUAUGAAUACACUUUGGUAACCAGUCAUUCUCCUCAUUCCAUUGGUGAAAGGGUGAAAUUAGGUGAUGUCAACAUGAUGCCAUUUGAAGCAGUUAUUUUAAAGAAAAUUGUUAAGAAAUGAUAUGAAAAUAAAAAUGCUAUUGAUGAAUCUUUAUUUAAAUUUAACAACGAUGUUUAAAAGAUACAAUUAUUAUAUUAUUUUCAACCACUUUUAAAUGUGAACAAUUUUUGGUUGCAUGAUUCUGGCUU